AUGAAUUCUUUAAGUGAUUUAUCUCAAUCUGAAGAAUAUCUUAGUUUUAGAAGUGUCAUUCCAUUAAAAAAAAUAGUAGUUGAUUCUCAUUCAUCCAAAGGAUGGAAAAUUUAUGAUGCAGGACCUAAAACAGUUAAGACACCGCUUGUUUGUUUACCUCCAGUCAGUGGAACUGCAGAUGUAUUUUACAAACAAUUAAUGUCUCUUAGUGCCAAAGGAUACAGAGUUAUAUCUGCAGAACAUCCACCUUAUUGGACUGUCAAAGAUUGGUGCGAAGGCUUUAAAAAAUUAAUGGAUCAUCUUGGUUUAGUUAAAGUUCAUAUUUUUGGGGCAUCAUUAGGUGGUUUUUUAGCCCAAAAAUAUGCCGAACAUACAUAUCACUGUCCUAGGGUGGCUUCUUUAAUUUUAUGUAAUACAUACGUGAACACAUCUUUUUUUAAUUAUGGAGAUUCUGUAAACAUUUUUCGGAUUAUCCCUUCAAUGUUGCUAAAGAAAAUGGUGAUGGGAAAUUUUUCAAAUAAGCUAAUGGACAAAGAAAUUGCAGACUCUGUUGAUUUUAUGGUAGAAAAGCUAGAGAGUCUCUCACAGCAAGAUCUUGCCUCAAGACUGACAAUAAAUUCCACUCCAAGUACUGUAGAUAUUAAUAAAUUAAAUGGAUUACAAAUUACAAUAUCAGAUGUUUUCGAUGAUUAUGCUUUAUCUCCGAAACAUAGAGAAGUUAUGUAUAAUUUUUAUCCUCAAGCAAAACUUGCUCAUUUAAAGUCUGGAGGAAAUUUUCCCUAUUUAAGUAGAACUGAUGAAAUUAAUUUACAUUUGCAGAUUCAUUUAAGACCAUUUUUAAAUACUUCCCUUAGUGCAUUAGAAGAACUUUAA